ACUCGUGCAUUAUUAACGUGGACAAUAGUCAAGUUACAUCAAGACUGUUCCUGUUCCAGUUCUCUCCUCUACAUAGAUACACUCUAGCUUCUUCUGUACUGAACACAUUUCCUCACUCUACUCAUCAAGAAAUACUUACAGAGUGUAGAGAUAAGAAUGGCGAAAUCUCCAGAAGAAGAGCACCCACAAAAGGCUCUUGGUUGGGCUGCCAGGGAUAGCUCUGGAGUCCUCUCUCCUUUCCAUUUCUCCAGAAGAGAAAACGGCGAUGACGAUGUCACCAUCAAAAUCCUUUACUGUGGAGUUUGUCAUUCUGACUUGCAUUCUUGCAAAAGUGAAUGGGGUGUCUCCAAUUACCCUCUCGUUCCUGGGCAUGAAAUUGUUGGUGUUGUGACGAAAGUUGGGAAAGCAGUGACAAAAUUCAAAGUGGACGACAAGGUUGGUGUUGGUGUCAUGGUGAGCUCCUGCAAGAAUUGUGACUGCUGCAAGCAGGAUUUGGAGAAUUACUGUCCUAACAUGAUAUUAACCUAUAACUCCAUUAAUCAUGAUGGGACAAAAACUUAUGGAGGUUAUUCUGAUAUGAUCAUUGUUGAUCAGCAUUAUGUGCUUCGCUUUCCUGACAACUUGCCUCUUGAUGCGGGUGCUCCACUGUUGUGUGCGGGUAUCACAGUAUACAGCCCAAUGAAGUAUUAUGGAAUGACUGAGGCUGGCAAGCAUUUGGGUGUAGCAGGGCUUGGUGGGCUUGGUCAUGUUGCUGUGAAAAUUGGUAAGGCCAUGGGGUUGAAAGUAACCGUCAUCAGUACCUCCCUAAAGAAGGAGAGCGAAGCAAUCAAUAGACUUGGUGCCGAUUCGUUCCUUGUUAGCACUGAUCCUGCAAAACUUAAGGCAGCCACAGGCACCAUGGAUUACAUCAUUGAUACUGUGUCUGCAGUUCAUCCCCUGCUUCCACUACUCAGUCUUUUGAAGGUUAAUGGAAAACUGAUCACCGUGGGCUUGCCUGAGAAGCCUCUAGAGCUGCCUAUUUUUCCUUUAGUCUUGGGGCGGAGGCUUGUCGGUGGAAGUGAAGUUGGAGGGAUCAAGGAGACUCAGGAAAUGCUUGACUUUUGUGCCAAGAACAAUAUUACUGCUGACAUUGAGGUGAUCAAGAUGGAGCAAAUCAACACAGCCAUGGAGAGGCUUGCAAAAUCUGAUGUGAGGUAUCGAUUUGUGAUCGAUGUGGGCAACUCCAAGCUGUAGGUUGGUUACAAUCCAUGGCCUGCUACAAGUCUUUUAUCCUAUGGCCUAAAUAAAUACCAGAGUAAGUUUCAGUUUUAUGGUUUGCUAUAUGUUAUGAAAGUGGAUGAACAGAAAAGAUAAUAUCCGUCUGUGUCUUGGACUUGUGUUGGCCUCCAGUUUGGUUCAACUGAGAAUAAUUUUGUCGUUAUCUAGUUGCCUAUGGGCAUGCCAUCAACGAAGAAUAAUUUUGUUGUUAUCUAGUUACCUAUGGGCCAUGACAUCUCGAUAAUCGUAUUGUGCUUUCCUGUCAGUCAUUAUUAAUAUGGAAAGUUGCACCAGUUUCAUUUCCCCA